GGCUCCUCAGCUAUGUACCUCGGUUUUAUUUAGUUUAAACAUGCGAAAAAGAUCGCAAUAUAAACUUUUGAAAUACUUUGCUGUAGCUGCAUUAAUCGCACUUGUGGUUAUCCUCGUUUUUACCAGCAAUAUACUGCCGUUUCCACCGAAGAGGACUCCAGUACCUCGGGAGCUCUAUGAGGUGAUCUCACCAUCAACCUAUAACUUCAUCCUGAACCAGCCAGAAGUGUGUGAGAAGAAGAGUCCUUUCCUGGUCCUUAUGAUCCCGGUGACUCUCAAGGACACGGAGGCCAGGACUGCUAUUAGAAGGACAUGGGGUCAAGAUGGCUCGGUUCCCGGUGUGACCAUUUUGCAUUUGUUUGUCAUUGGUCGGCCAGCUCAAAGUGACCCGGUACGGCAGGAGCGCCUUGAGAGGGAGAGCGAGGAAUUCGGCGACAUCAUUCAAAUGGACUUUGUGGACAGCUACCGUAAUCUCACCAUCAAGACGAUGAUGAUCAUGAACUGGAUAGCCACUCACUGCCAGGCUGCCUGGUACGCCAUGAAGAUCGAUGCAGAUAUCUUUCUCAAUGUACGUUACCUGGUGGACUACUUGCAUGACCGAAGCGAGUCCUCGAGGAAAGACUACAUCACUGGAUCGGUCAUCUCAGAUGCCGUUCCUCACAGGGACAGCUUCAACAAAUGGUACAUCUCAGAGGAGCUUUACCCAGACUCCUGGUAUCCUCCAUACGUGUCUGGAGCUGCGUAUGUCUUUUCUACUGACUUGGCCAGAAAAAUAUCCUCUGCCUCUAGAUUUGUGAGACCGAUUCCGCUUGAAGAUGUCUACGUGGGGCUGUGCCUGCAGAUUCUGGGUGUAAAACCAGUUUAUGCAACACAAAUGUGGGGAUUUAGAAAUCUUUUUGAGGUGCGCCGACUUAAGUAUGAAAGGUGCACCUUUGCCAAGCGCAUUAUAGUGAACGGCUUUAACCCACAGAAUCUUCUCCACAUUUGGCAUGACUUUCAGAAGUCUUAUUUUACAUGUUGAUAUAUUUUAAAUAACUAAAAUUGUAUUUGAAGUACCUUGAAGCUGCUACAUUUAUUUGUAUUUAUAACAAUUUGCUAGUACUGUUCCUUUAGCAAAGUUCAGGCCAGGAAAAAGAUAGCUGUUGAGGUGCGGUAUGUAGAAAACAAUGACAUAUAAGAGAAAAAAAAAAAUCUAUAUAGAGUAGGAGGAAGGUAAAUAAAUAAAUAGGAGAUGUGGAAGUGUAAGAGGUUAUGUAAAAAUAAUUUUUAGAUAUAUUUCAAAGAUUUUUUAUUUAAUGCUGGCUACGGGCCACAGACCUCAGGUAUUAUAAAUGAUCCCUCACCUAUUUCAUAGUGUUUUUAUACUUCUGCCAUUUGGAAAAAUACAUACACUUUGCAUUGGGAACGAGAGGUCACUUAUUGGAGUCCUUAAGAAGAGGAGAUGCUGCUGUAAUACGUCCAAGAUUUUUCUUUUUUGUGUGAGUCUGUAUAAAUAGCAAUCUCUGUAUCUUUCAAUUUAGAAAUCAUAGCUUGCAGAUAUAUAUGAGCAGUUUAUUAUCCGUAUUGUGCUAUUUGAAGCUUGAGAUUUUCUUUCUGUACUGAAGUUGCACAUAUCAUUAUAAAAGUGCUUUACCACCCAAGUAUGAACUGUAAACAAUAAAAAUAUUAUGUAUUUAUAUUUCUUGUGUACUACGUUUUGAGAUGC